AUGGCGUUGAAAGUUUAUGUUAUUGCACAAAACAUGAACUAUGAAAACUAUGUGAGACCCAUGAGAGAUCAGUUUAUUGUGCUACACAUACUAGAGAUGAUUACCUUCACGUGGCUUUUUAAAUGGAUGCUCGCAACACGCCCAGAUUAUUCCUCAUCAGCAUGGUUACCUGGUAAUGAGUCAUUGUGGCAGGCCACAGCUGUUCCAUCCAACCAUCGAAAUAAUCAUAUCAGGAGACAUAGUAUAACUUCUGACAGUGGUGACACCGGCAUUGGAACUUCUUGUUCUGACAGCGUGGAAGAUCAUUCAACCUCAAGUGGCACAUUAUCUUUUAAGCCUAGUCGGUCGUUGGUUACUCUUCCUACUGCCCAUGUCAUGCCGUCUAACUCCAGCGCUACAGUUUCCAAACACAGGGAAUCAUUGACGUCAGAUGGCUCAAAAUGGAGUACUAGCCUCAUGCAAGCAUUGGGAAACCACAGUAGGGGAGAACAGGACUCUUCACUAGACAUGAAGGACUUCCGGCCCCUCCGGAAAUGGUCAUCUUUAUCCAAACUCACUGCCUCGGAUAACUUCAGCCAGGGUGGCAUUGUACACACUGAAGAGUCAAGGAGUGGUUUGGAAAAGACAGGGAGAGGCAAGGUUUUAACCUCGCAACUAAGAACAAUUGGGCCUAGCUGCUUACAUGAUAGUAUGGAGAUGCUUAAACUAGAAGACAAGGAAAUAAAUAAAAAACGAUCGUCAACUCUGGACUGCAAAUAUAAAUUUGAGAGCUGUAGCAAAGACGACUUUAGAGCUUCCUCCUCCACCCUUAGGAGACAGACCUUAGACAUGACAUACAGUGCCUUACCUGAAAGCAAGCCCAUUAUGACAAAUGCAGAGGCUUUUGAACCUCCGAAAUAUUUACUGCUUGGUCAGCAGGCAGUAGGUGGAGUCCCCAUUCAACCUUCUGUGAGGACACAGAUGUGGCUUACGGAGCAGUUGCGGACAAACCCAUUGGAAAAUAGAACUACAGAGGACUCUUACAGUUUAGCUCCUUGGCAACAGCAGCAAAUUGAAGAGUUUCGACAAGAAAAUGAAACACCAGUGCAGGUUUUGACCGGAUCCUCUCGUCAAAGUUAUUCACCUUCUGGCUAUCAGGAUUUCAGUAAGUGGGAAUCAGUGCUGAAAAUAAAAGAAGGACUGCUAAGGCAGAAAGAAAUUGUAAUUGAUCGGCAGAAGCAGCAAAUUAGCCACUUACACGAGAGGAUAAGGGAUAAUGAAAUACGGGCACAACAUGCCAUGUUAGGACAUUAUGUGAACUGUGAAGAUUCUUUUGUGGCUAGUUUGCAGCCACAGUAUGAGAACAGUUCACUCCAAACUCCAUUUUGUGAUCAGUCAGUAUCCCAUUCCCAGCAAGAGGAACUUGAGCAAAAGCUUGCAUCUACUGAAAAAGAGGUUUUACAGCUCAACCAGUUUCUCAAACAAAGAAUAAGCCAAUUUAGUGAAGAAAAGAAGAAACUGGAGGAAAAGCUUAAAACCAGAGAUAGAUAUAUCAGUAGCCUGAAAAAGAAAUGUCAGAAGGAAUCCGAACAAAAUAAAGAAAAGCAGAGAAGAAUUGAGACCUUGGAAAAGUAUCUGGCUGAUCUUCCAACUCUAGAUGAUGUACAGAGUCAGAGUCUUCAGCUUCAGAUUCUAGAAGAAAAAAAUAAGAAUUUGCAAGAGACUCUGCUGGAUGCAGAAAAAAAGCUUGAAGAGAUCAAAAAACAGUGUCAAGAAAAAGAGGCACAACUAAUAUGCCAGAAAAAGAAAGAAAAGGAGUUGGUAACUACAGUUCAGAGCUUGCAGCAAAAAGUAGAAAGAUGCCUUGAAGAUGGAAUUCGCCUUCCCAUGUUAGAUACAAAACAGCUUCAAAAUGAAAAUGAUACCCUGAGAGAACAAAAUGAGAAUGCUAGUAAGAUAAUAGACAGCCAACAAGAUGAGAUUGAAAGGAUGAUUUUAGAAAUUCAGUCUAUGCAAGGGAAGCUUUCUAAAGAAAAAUUGACUACUCAAAAGAUGAUGGAAGAGCUGGAAAAGAAAGAAAGAAACCUACAGAGAUUAACAAAAACAUUGCUUGAUAACCAAAGACAAACAGAAGAGACGUGCUCUUUAUUGGAUCAAGGCCAGGAAGGAGACCAAUCCAGGCAGCAGACAGUACUCACUAAAUGGCCACUAUCUGAUUUGAGUGUGAUUGAUCAGCUGUUCAAGGAAAUGUCCUAUUGUUUGUUUGACUUGAAGGCAUUGUGUAGUAUUCUUAAUCAGCGUGCUCAGGGCAAGGAGCCUAAUCUUUCCUUAUUACUGGGAAUCAGAUCAAUGAACUGUUCAGCUGAAGAGACUGAGAAUGACUACAGCCCAGAGACACUCACUAAAAAAUUGUCAGAUGUAUGCCAGUUACGGAGGGACAUUGACGAAUUAAGGACUACAAUAUCAGACCGCUAUGCUCAGGACAUGGGAGACAACUGCAUUACCCAAUGA